CUGUCCAUGAUUGCGGGGGCUGGUGAGUCACUUUACUGCAUGGUUGGGUCCUGGAGGUGGGCAUGUUGGGGUACCCUCUUAAUUAGGAGGGAAGUAGCUAUGGGUCAGUUAAUAACAUUCAUGCUGCUCUCGCCCUCCUACUAGUAUGUGAAGCCCCUGGGUUUCAGGCUGGCUGUAGCUGGAGAAACUAUAGUUUCAUAGUUGCAACUGUAAAAUGCGGGGGCUUGGCCGCAACAAAGUUUUCUGUCCCCAUGUAUUGUGACUGGGCAGUUCAGGCCGAGUGGGUCAUCUCCCCAGCCUUCAGGUUAGUCCCCGCAGUCCGUGUCCGGGAAGACAGGACAGGCCUUUUCUGGUCUCCGCCCGAGGCCGCCCCUGCGCGGCGGUGACGUCGACUUCGCCUCGCCCGCAUUGGGUAGUGACGCGGAGGCCACGCCUCGCCCUUACGUCACCAGCCCGGUUCCCUCUCCCGGUAGCGGCGGCGGACGCGCGCCUCCCGCCCCCCUCCCCUCUCACGGCCUUUCCCCUGCCCGGUACCGGCCGCGGCCCGACCCUCUGUAAGGCGAUGGCCCGGGCCCCGAGCGCUGGCUAGCGUUUCUGGGUGCCUGGCCAUGGGCUGUAUCGGCUCUCGGAGCCCAGCGGGUCAGGCAUUUCUAGGGACCACCAGCUGGCUGAGGCUCAGGGACAGAGACGGCUGCUCCAGCUAAAGCAUCAACACAGCCAGUAUGCCUAUGAUUUCUGUGCUGGGCAAAAUGUUUCUGUGGCAGCGUGAAGGGCCUGGAGGACGAUGGACUUGUCAGACAAGUCGCAGAGUGGCCUCGGACCCCGCGUGGGCUGUGGAGUGGAUCGAACUUCCUCGGGGCCUCUCUCUGUCCUCCUUGGGAUCUGCUCGGACCCUCCGAGGCUGGAGCCGGUCCUCUCGCCCUUCCUCAGUGGACAGCCAGGACUUGCCCGAGGUGAAUGUGGGAGACACAGUCGCGAUGCUGCCCAAGUCCCGGAGAGCCCUAACCAUCCAGGAGAUUGCUGCGCUGGCCAGAUCCUCCCUGCAUGGUAUUUCCCAGGUGGUGAAGGACCACGUGACCAAGCCCACUGCCAUGGCCCAGGGCCGAGUGGCUCACCUCAUUGAGUGGAAGGGCUGGAGCAAGCCAAGUGACUCACCUGCUGCCCUGGAAUCAGCCUUUUCCUCCUAUUCGGACCUUAGUGAGGGUGAACAAGAGGCUCGCUUUGCAGCAGGAGUGGCUGAGCAGUUUGCCAUUGCAGAAGCCAAGCUCCGGGCAUGGUCUUCGGUGGAUGGUGAAGACUCCACGGAUGACUCCUAUGAUGAGGACUUUGCUGGGGGAGUUGACACAGACAUGGCUGGGCAGCUAUCCCUCGGGCCCCACCUCCAGGACCUCUUCACUGGCCGGCGCUUCUCCCGGCCCAUGCGCCAGGGCUCUGUGGAGCCUGAGAGCGACUGCUCACAGACCGUGUCCCCAGAUACCCUGUGCUCUAGUCUGUGCAGUCUGGAGGAUGGGUUGCUGGGCUCCCCAGCCCGGCUGGCCUCCCAGCUGCUGGGCGACGAGCUGCUCCUCGCCAAACUGCCCCCUAGCCGGGAAAGUGCCUUCCGCAGCCUGGGCCCAUUGGAGGCCCAGGACUCGCUCUACAAUUCACCCCUCACGGAGUCCUGCCUUUCCCCUGCCGAGGAGGAGCCAGACCCCUGCAAGGACUGCCAGCCACUCUGCCCGCCACCAGUGGGCAGCUGGGAACGGCAGCGGCAAGCAUCCUAUGUGGCCUCUUCUGGGGUGGUGUCCUUAGAUGAGGAUGAGGCAGAGCCAGAGGAACAGUGACCCAAAUCAUGCCUGGUGGUGGCAUGCAUUCCCUGGCUGCUGCUGGGGACAGAGCCUCUGUGCCCAAAUGUGGGCAUGAGACUUCCAGAAGAGCUCCGCAGCCUCAAGGGCUCCUGGGAGCACUCAUUCCUCCGUUGUGUAUUUGCAUGAAAGUGUUUGGAGAGGAGGCAGGGCCUGGGCUGGGGGCGCAUGUCCUGCCCCCACACUCCUGGGGUUUGCCGGGGGUUGCCCGGGGCCCCUGGGGCAUGGCUACAGCUGUGACAGACAGUGACGUUCAUGUUCUUAGAUCAACAAAGCCACACACACAAAUUUUUCCUUGGAUGAUGUGAACCUGUUAAGGGGAUUGUUGUGACUGGGCUGUGUGACUGGGUAGAGGGGGAGGGAGCCUGGCCUCACUCUCCACCCUCCUCAUGCCCCUCUCUUCUCUGCUUCUCUCCUCACCUCCAAAUCCAUGUACAGUGCUUGACAGUGAUCCCCAUUCGGGGGGCUGGCUCCUGCCCUCCCAGAGCCUACAGAUCAAGCUGUUCCCAAGGGCCCCUCGCCCAGCUGGGCUUGUGCUGUGUUUAUCCUCUCCAUGGUCUCUAAAUCUUUUUUCCUAAAGAAAGAGGGUUUUUGGUCUGUUCUUUCAGUUGGGUCUUCUCUGGGAGGCAGUGAAACGAUUAAAGUAAGCACCCUCUGCCCUUUUCCUGGCCUCCCCCUAAAGGGGCCUGGGCCCUUUCCUAGCCACUCCUUUGGCCCUAGGUGGGGAGGGGAGCAUAGGAUGUGUGGGCAGGCUCCUGGCGGCUCACAGGGGACUGCCCCUUUCACCCUUUCACCUGCAUUCUCUUAAGGGUGGAAUUGGAAGAAAGGAUAACUCUGGUUGUUCUUCCAGAGAGAGCCACAAGGGGGCCACAGAGGCGGCUGGCCUGCCGUCAGCUGAUGCUUGUGCCGGGCAGGAAUUGUGCCAAUGAGCGACAGUCAUGAGGGAGUGUCUCUCCUUGUGGGGGAAGGAAGGCAGUGCCUUUCUUGGCUGACAGGAAGCCAAAGCUACAGUCCUGGGGGGCCAUGUCCCAGUCAGGCCUCAGGCAAAUCCUGCAAUCAAAGGACACUGGGCUCUAGAUUUUUAUGGCUGUGGGGUAUGUGGGAGGUAAGAGGGCCCAAGGUAAGAACAAGAGCCAGCGGGCACAGGCAUUCUUUAUAUAAGUGGCUCAUUAGGUGUUUAUUUUGUUCUAUUUAAGAAUUUGUUUAUUAAAUUAAUAUAAAAAUCUUU